GAACGAAAUCAAGGUCCCAUAGGUCCAAGUGAUUCUACUGGAGUGCUCCCACAAGGUCCCAAGGACUCUGCAAAUGACGGUGAGGACGAAGAUGAUCUUCCUCUGACAAUGCUUGAGCCAAAACAAAAUCGAGGUCCCAUAGGUUCAAGUGGUUCUACUGGAGUGCUACCACAAGGUCCCGGGGACUCUGCAAAUGAUGGUGAGGACGAAGAUGAUCUUUCUUUGACAAUGCUUGUGCCAGAACGAAAUCAAGGUCCCAUAGGUCCAAGUGAUUCUACUGGAGUGCUCCAAAAAGGUCACAGGGACUCUGCAAAUGAUGGUGAGGACGAAGAUGAUCUUCCUAUGACAAUACUUGAGUUAUCACAAGAUCUGAUUGAACUUGAGACAUUUAUGUCUAUACCAGACAUGCCAGGUGAUGAUGACGCCAGCCAGGAUGACGCCAUGUCAGUUGAUACAGAAUCAGACACAGAUCUCCAAGUUAUCGAGUCUUUGGGGGAAGUUGACAAGCAUCCCGGUGACCAGUGUUGCGGCAGUCUGCAUUGCAAAGGACGAGGAUCACUACGUGAGUUGGACAAUCAUCUACAUGUAUAGACUUUCGAUGACUGCUGGUUUGUAUCAUAUGGUUUAAGGGAAUGCUCUAUAGAUUUGUUUUGAUUUGUUUUAAAUUAUUAAUGCUUAGGCUGAUGUCCAAACUAAAAUUCCAAUAGUAUUGCAAUGCAAGGCUGCACACUAAUAUUUUGCACCUUAGCCAUGUUACUAGCACAGGGCUGGAAUUCUUUUACACAGUUAUGGGAUCUAGAGUCAACUCAGUAUCACUGCUUAUAUCACUGCUUCUAUUAACUAUCACUGCUUCUAUUAACUAUCACUGCUUUUGUCAUCUUGCACACUAAUAUUUUUGCACUUUGGCACAGGACUACAAUUCGUUGACUUGGUUAUGGAGUCACAAGCCAACUUUGAAGAAUUGCUCUGCCGCAAAAUAUACGAUAUUUUGAAAAUACCACUGCUUAUAUAUUAACUUGCACACUAAUGUUUUGCACUUUAGUACAGGAAUACAAUUCGUUGACUCGGUUAUGGAGUCAAAAACCAACCUUGAAGAAUUGCUCUGUAACAAAAUAUGCAAUAUUUUGAAAAUAACACUGCUUAUAUAUUAACUUGCACACUAAUGUUUUGCACUUUAAUUAGCACAGGACUACAAUUCGUUGACUCGGUUAUGGAGUCAAAAACCAACUUUGAAGAAUUGCUCUGUAACAAAAUAUGCAAUAUUUUGAA